AUGACGGAGGUUUCUGCGACUAGGCUUUACCUAGGCAACCUCCCCCGCAAUGCGACCAAGGCGGAUGUGGAAGCCCAUUUCAAUACCCACGGAACUGGCGAGAUCACGGAGAUCAAGCUGAUGAAUGGAUUUGGUUUCAUCGAGUAUAAAGAUGCCAUGGAUGCUCGCGAUGUUGUUCCUGCUUUUCACGGUUCAGACUUCAUGGGUGAACGUUUGACCGUCCAGUUUGCGCGAGGGACUCGCAAUCGUGAUGGCCCAUUCGCCAAUAACGAGAGAACUGCUCCUCGCCCUCGUCGUACCCCUCAUCGAAUGCAAAUAUCUGGACUUCCAGGUGAAACCAGCUGGCAGGAUCUAAAAGACUUCGCACGUCAAUCCAGCCUUGACGUUGUGUAUUCAGAGACGGGCCGCGACCGAGACGGCAAAGGGAGCUUCGUCGAGUUUGAGACCGCUGCAGAUCUCAAAACUGCAGUCGAAAAACUCGAUGGACGCGAGUUUAAAGGUGCUCGCGUAACCUGCGUCGCAGAUACUCAGCCUGAUGUUCCACGCGAUCAACGACGCUCUCGGUCACCGGGCCGAAGACCAUACCCUGAUGAUUAUGACCGGCGCGGACCUUCUCGAGGAUACAGUCCUAGACGUGAAGGAGGUGGGGGCUACCGUGAUAGGAGCCCCCCUCGCCGUGGCUACUACGACGACGACCGCCGAGGAUAUCGCUCUCCACCAAGAGCUCGUGGCCCAAUUGACGACUACCCGCCUCCUCGCGGCCGAUUUGAGGAUCCCUACCGUCGCGACUAUCCCCCGGAUCCAUAUAUGAAUGGUCACGGAAGGCCCCCAUAUGACAGAGGGCCAAGGGAUUAUCCACCACCAAGGGAGCGACGUGGUUAUGGAGAAGAUUAUCCACCGAGUCGCUACUAG